AUGACCCUGAUUCGACUUCUAAAAAUCAUUCCUGGAACUCAGAAUGUCGUAGUUUCGAGCCAGAUGAGUGUUACCCACCUUGAUGACAAUCCAAUAUACAAAUGUCUGUCAUAUACCUGGGGCGAACCUGGCGGAGAUGAAACGGAUGAGACUUGGUCACGACCGACUCAGGCUAUCCUUAUCGAUGGGAUUGAGAUGCAUGUCAGACAAAACCUUUACAAUGCGCUCAUUGCACUCCGUCAAUCCGGAAGUCUUGGACCCAUAUGGAUAGAUGCUCUUUGCAUUAAUCAAAACGAUAUAGAAGAACGAAACACCCAAGUUGCACAAAUGGCAAAUAUCUAUAAGAAUGCCGAAGAAGUCAUCGUCUGGCUCGGUCAUGAAAGAGAAUACACCCAGACAGCAGUGGCUUGCUUUCAAAGGCUACCCAUCACCCGACAAGAACUCCUUUCAGAUGAGCAUAUCGUCCUGAGAGACAAAGUAUUCGCGUCGUGCAGCUUCACAGACUCAGAACUGCUAGCCAUGACUCGUUUCUUCACUGACCAUGCUUGGUUUGGACGGACAUGGACACUUCAGGAGAUGUGGCUGGCUCGAGAAAUGACAUUUGUGUGCGGGACAGUCUAUGCUUCUGUUGAUGUUAUCCUUGCUGGAAGCAGUAUUGCACAUGAUUCUUACUCGUCGAGGAGUGUUACGGAAGAUAUCCAAAGGACACCAGCAAUUACGUGGCUGAUGAACUUCACCUACGACUUGAUAGCUAAAUUGAAGAAGGAAGUUAAUGGGACGUCCCCUUCGCCGCUUGGGUUUGAAGUGGACUAUCAUCGUGCGAGGCAUGCUACAGAUCCUAGGGACAAGGUUUAUGGCCUGCUGGCAAUAUCUGAUACGACCACGGCAGAUACUUACAUGAAACCGGUAGUUGCUGACUAUUCAAAACCGGUCCAGGAGGUAUUCUCGAUAGCUGCAGCACAUUGUCUACUCAACACAAUAGGCUGGCGAGGCUUAAGCUAUAUCGGAGACCGCAGUAGGUACCGCAUCCCUAAUCUUCCAUCUUGGGUUCCGGACUAUACACAAGCUAUCCCUUGGAGACUUCUUCAGCGACGAAGUGAAGAUACUUUCACGACAGCAACUCACCAACAAGUCUGCAUCGAGUACGAUAUCACCUCGCCAUACAUCUUACACACCCCAUAUUGUUACUUCGACACGAUUGCUGCCGUCACAACUGCAUAUUGGGAAGAUGUCGAGGGAUGUUCUCAGAUGAUUGAAAUUUUGAAUCUCGCUUUGAGCCCAUUUCCUGUCAAGACGUUCGGAGAAGACAAUGUCCUGUCAGUAAUGGCCAGAACCUUGACGGCUGACCAGGCAGGAAUAUAUGACUAUGAUUCAUAUGAUUUUGUUGGUCAGUUUGGAGAGAUGACAUAUGGCAUGCUAGGGCUGAGCAUUUCAGAGACGAACCCAGAUAUGGUAUAUCAACUACUCGAAAACACCGAGGCCAGUCUUUCCAGAGCUUUGUUUUUGAUAGGAAUUCGGGACCAUGGAGACUUGCUGCCAAGUUUACUACAUCCUUAUCGACAAACAUACAAAACAGUGCGACAAAUCGAGUUGGAAUCUCAGCCCAGCAGGUCUCAAAAUCAGAGCCUGAAGACUCGAACCUCGUUGAUACAGCUUGAUUGGAGUUCUGCAUCCCACAAAAGAAGUCUUUUUCGGACGAAGAAAGGACAUCUCGGGCUUGCACCCCAGACUAUUCAGGUCGGCGACGAAGUGGGCAUAUUACAAGGCGCUGAAGUUCCCCAUGUAUUUCGUCGAGAUUCGGGUGCAGAUACGUCGUUGAACUUAGUUGGGGAUGCUUAUGUUUAUGGGAUUAUGAAUGGAGAAUUGGAACUUGGGGAACUGGAGUUCAAUAGGGUUCAACUUGUUUAG